GAGAAAACAGGGUAAUAAAAACAAAGUAAAAAAUGAUAGGGAGUUUGGUAUAAUUCUUUGACAGCAUGGGAAAAAUACUCGAAUUCUAUGCAAAAAGGAAAUUUUGUAUAUAAAAAGAGUAAAAAAUUAUAUAUGGAAAUUAAAAAUAACUAUGCUUACAUAGUAGAAACUCUAACUUUGAAAAUUUACUUGACGUUGAUAUCACAAUUUGCGUUACACUUUGAGAAAUUUAAAAUGCUUGAUGUGAUUUUGUGCUUCUUAAAUUUAACAAUUUUAAUUAUACAUACUUUCGUAUAAAAUGCGGUUUACAAACAAUAAAAUAUUAUAGAAAAUAAAGUAAACAGUCCGAAAUAAAGAGGAAAAAGUCAAACCCAUAAUGCUACAAAAUGCAUGUAGUUUAAACAAUUAUUUCCAGAGUAAGUAAAUGAAGAUUUGCAGUGCAUUGCUUGAGAAAGUGCUUUGCAGCAUGGGAAUAUUUGCUCGUCAGGUAGGCGCUUAUCCCCCAUGUUUUUGAAGUAAGUUUCCCUAGAUAGAUCUAUCGAAAAAUGUCUUUAUAUUAAGUACUUUGUGUGAAAUAAAACAUAGUAAAAAUAAUUUUUCUCUUAACAAUUUUCACGAUUAUGAAAAAGAUUAAAUGUACUUCCGAAAGUAUAUUUCACAUGUUGUAUAAAGCAGUAAAUAUUUUAACCUAUCUGGGUAUUUUUACAAAAAGAAUAUAAAUAUAUACUUCUUUUGAACUUAUUUUUACCCAAAAAUUUCUUGAAAAAUCAUUAUGAAAUAGGGAAAAUUUGAUAUGUUUAAAUAAAAACGUUUUGUGCAUCCUGUAACGACGCAGCGUCCAUGACGCGUCACUAGUUGUGAUCGACAUCUCAAGACGACAGCAUCCAUGUAGUUUUUGUGAAGUGAGAAAUAUUUAUUAUAAUCUUCCUUCCGGUGAAUUAAUUUCAAGGUAAGAGAAUAUUAUUUCAUUAUAAUGCCAAACAAUUUUAUUUUAAUAUUUUCGAAAAAUCUCGAUAGCGUCGCUUUGCUUAAUUCUCCCUGUCCCAAUAGAAGCGUCUUAACCAUUGAUGCAGGGUCGGCUUCAGGCAAAAUAGUAAAAUUCAAAGCCUUAAAGCUUGCCCUGUUGACCGUUUCUCUUUUCCGUCCUUGUCUAACUCAAAUGCUUCUAUAAAGCAACGUAAACUUUAGAGAAGGACAAAAUUAAUUUAUAAUAAUUUUAAUAUUUAUGCAAGGUAUUUCCUUGUACAUAAUUAAGUGAUUUGAAGAUUUUAGUAAACCUUCCUACCGAGGGGGAAUUUACUAGUUAAAAACGUGUACACUUGACUAUCGGUAUUACACCUCAUAUUACCCUUAUUACUAAGUAUUACACGUUAUUACAGAGUAUUACACAUUAUUACGGAGAUAUUACAGAGUUUUUUGCGUUAUUACAGCACCGUAAUAACGCAUUAUUACACGGUAUUACACGUUAUUUCACAAGUAUUACAGAAAAAGUGUACACUUGACUGCCUGAGUAAAUUCCGCCUUGCUUCCUACUCUAUAACCAACUCACCAACCAACUCCAACUCUACAACCAACCAAAAGCAACUUUAGUUACGUGCUGCUUAUUUAAUCCAUCCAUUUAAAUAUUUAUUAAUAAUUUAAUUGAAAUUUCAAAUUUACAGCUGAUUGAAUACUUGAAAAAUAACGCCAUUACUAUUUCAAAAAAUAUAGAUGUCUUGGUUUAAAUGCUGAUCCAGAUUUGAUAAACAUUGAAUUCAACUAUGCGUAUUUUUCCAAAUAAGGGAAAUAAUUUGUUCCACAUUUGGAAAGAUAUUCGCCAGGAUAUUGCACUUUUGCUAAGAAGCAAAUUGAAAAGUAAUGAAGACAAAGAGUCAAUUUACAAUAUUGAAGAAUUGUCAGAAGAGCAACAAGAUGCAGUGGUUCUUUACUUACUGCCGAAGCUUAUAAGACCAUCAUUUUCGAAAUACGGAGAAUAUCCAAGGGCCAAAAAAUCAGACAAGUACAGCGAUUCAUCUGAAAAUACUUCAAAAUCUACGUGCAAUGAUAUACAAGAAUCGUUUAUUUAUGUUUUCGAAAUAUUUUUGAAAUAUAUAGAGAAUUUAUAAAAAUUGUAUGUCUUAUUUAUUUUAAACUUCAUUUAUUAGAACUAUUUAAUAUUAUUAAAAUUGUCGUUUCAGAUUAUUUAUGAAUAAUAUAAUCCAUAAUUAUUAAUUAUCAGAGUUUUUGAUAUUUUGAGAAUUAGAAGUGAACAAAUAUUAAU